UGAUUGCUCUACUAACGGUGUCUGUCAUCGUUUGAUGGAAAAAGUUGUCCAUUUUUCUUCCGCAAUGGUCUUCUAAUUUUUGUUUGCUUCUAUGAUAAAUUGGCACUGGUUUCAUUAUAACGAAUUGAUUAACAUCGGUUGUUUACGUGAAAGAGUGGCGGUGGGAACAGCACGAAAACUCGAGUUGGAGUAGAGAUAUUUGCUACGUUGGAGUGCUCGGAGUGUUACGUCAAUAACACGUAAACAGAAUUUCUCUGAUAGCGGGGGCGUAGUCUGAUCGGCAAGGGAAACGCCAGACAAAAUGGAUCACCACAACUCGGACUUUCAUCGCAGCUCUAACUCACUCGAUUCUGAUUCGAAGUCAAGCUCGUUAAACUCCAAACACGGAAUGGAUACGAUUGUUGCCAAUGAAUCGUCUUUCACCUACCUUUCCGGUGAAAAUAUGCAGGAUAUAAAAAAUGACGUGUCCUACAUCUGUCCGUACAGUGGACCAGUGGUAGGCACAUUGAAUAUUACAAACUAUAGACUGCACUUCCGCUCCCAGCCGUCAAGUGAUAAGGAUCCGGUUGUAAUUGUUGAUUGUCCACUUGGAGCAGUGAGCCGUAUUGAGAAAGUCGGAGGAGCAAGUUCCAGGGGUGAAAAUUCGUACGGUAUCGAUAUUUUUUGCAAGGAUAUGCGUAAUCUAAGAUUCGCACAUAAGCAAGAGAAUCAUUCAAGGCGAACAGUAUUCGAGAAGCUACAAUUGUAUGCGUUUCCCCUGGCUAACAAUGGACAACUGUUUGCUUUCAACUACAAGGAAAAAUUUCCAGAAGACGGUUGGAGUGUUUACGAACCGGUCGCAGAACUUCGACGAAUGGGAGUAAAUAGUGCCAAUAAUGACACCUGGCGAAUUACGAGGAUCAACGAAAAGUACGAGAUUUGCGACAGUUAUCCUUCGGUUUGGGCUGUUCCGAAAUCAGCCAAAGACGAUUUGAUCAAACAAGUGGCAAAUUUCCGAUCACGGAAUCGUCUUCCGGUUCUUUGUUGGAUCCACCCGAAAUCACUGGCCACUAUUACUCGUUGCUCGCAACCCCUGGUCGGAGUUAGUGGCAAACGAAACGAUGCGGACGAGACCUACAUCAACUACAUUAUGGAGGCAAAUGCACAAUCGGAUAAGCUGUCGAUUUUCGACGCUCGACCGAACGCGAACGCCAUCGCUAACAAGGCCAAAGGAGGCGGCUAUGAAUCGGAGGAUGCGUACAAAAACGUCGAGCUAACAUUUCUCGACAUUCAUAAUAUUCAUGUGAUGCGUGAGAGCUUGCGAAAGUUGAAGGAAAUUUGUUUCCCGGCUAGCGAUGAUCAAAAGUGGCUUUCGGCGGUCGACAGUACCUACUGGCUGAAGCAUAUCAAGUGCAUUUUGGCCGGUGCGGUACGAAUCGUCGAUAGGAUCGAAAAUAUGCGCAUGUCGGUUGUUGUUCACUGUUCGGAUGGAUGGGAUCGUACCUCGCAGUUAACGGCUCUGGCUAUGCUCUUACUUGAUCCUUACUAUCGUACAUUGAAAGGCUUCGAAGUAUUGAUUGAAAAAGAGUGGCUUAGCUUUGGACACAAAUUUGAACAACGCAUUGGUCACGGCGACAAUCAUCAUUCGGAUGCCGAUCGGUCCCCGGUAUUUCUGCAGUUUAUCGAUUGUGUGUGGCAAAUUUCCAAACAGUUUCCGCACGCUCUCGAGUUCAAUGAGUACUUCCUGAUAACCGUGCUCGACCAUUUGUACUCGUGCCGAUUCGGAACGUUUCUGUACAACACAGAACGGGAGCGUACACAAAAUGAUCUAAAGACCCGUACCGUCUCACUGUGGUCGUUUAUCAAUUCCUCGCACGAACAGUAUCGCAAUCCGUUGUACGGAGGCCGAUAUAUAGCCACCCUUGCCGUACUGAAGCCGGUGGUCAGCAUGCGACACAUACGACUCUGGAAGGGUCUCUACUGUCGAUGGAAUCCAAGUAUGCGACAGCAAGAUCCCGUCCAUCAGCGAACCCGGGAACUGCUGGCCCUUCAGGAGCAGUUGCUCAAGCAGGUGGAAGAAAUUCGGCUGGAGAAAAACCAAAGGACGCAUCAGCAGACGCGGCUCACUUCGCCACUGCAUUAGUGGAGCGGUUUGCUGUUUUCUUAUAUUGAUUCCCUGGAACAUACGCAGUAAACGGACUAUGGGAAUAGUUGAUUGGGUUUCGAAUAGUGGUCAUCAUCUCUGUGAGAGAAUGCGCUUGCUUAGAACAUUAUAAAACUUCCGUAAAAGUACUGUUUGUUGUUUCUCGAUUUUGAACAAAGUGGUUUAGUAAGUAUUCCUAGAAGAGUAAGUGCAGUAUAAAUAGUAUGUACACGUGAUCGAGCCUUCAAAGGGAUCCACACUCGCUGUGUUCUAGUAAACAAACCAAUAGGCGCGAAUGCAUGUGUGAAUGCGUUGGAGUUUGGACUAAACAAACAGAUUCAAAUUAGUGAUAAGGAGGAAAGUGCCGCAAACAAAUUUGUCGUCUUAUAUUUAUAGUUUUGCAACUCACAUACCCCAUAAUAUAUAAUAUGUAAGCAAAGAUUGUGCUUGCUGGAUAUACAAAUAGUUACGUCAGCUGCAAAUAGUUACGCAAUAUGAGUACAGUUAUUAUUCCUUGGCCAAUGCUAGCUAGAAUAAAGCGAAAUGGAUACGUAUUCUGCAGAUAAGCUCGAUAAGUUUUGCAUCCGAAGGAUAAGGCUUGUCCACGAAUGCUUGGGUGUCAUUUGUUUUGACCAAUAAUCGACGCGCUAGGACCUAUGGGAUUAGUAUUCUGGUUUGUAAGCCAAAUUAUCAUAUGUCAUACUGCCCGCACUUUCUUCUCGGUUUAUGUUCCGAUGUUUAUUUACGAUAUUUAUUUUCGAUAUUUUCUCAACUACAACAAUUGCUACAAUUGAGUUUAAAAACUUUAGAAUAUAAAAUCCUGUUUUGAAUUCAGUUAUUAUUUUUCAAAUUUUAUUCAAUAUUUUUUCGAUUACCGACAAAGUUAUGUAUUGUGGUAUGAAGGUCCAAGGGAUGUCAAAAUAAAUGUACAUUCAAUCCAUCAUGUAUUACAACAUGCCUGUAGUGAAAAAUAAAAAUAUUUC